GCAUUCUGCCGCAAUCCAGAAACCCCGCCAGCAAGAAUACUCUAAAAAAUAACCGACAGUUCAGCUUCAGCUGGAAACCUUAAGAUAAACAUGCGAUAAUAACAAUCUGUGCAUAUUUUACCAAAUAAAGUCGCACAAUUAAGCAACGAGGUCAAAGGGCUAAAAAUUACGCCAAUCUGGCAUCAUUCAAGUGAUGUUUAUGGGGCAAAAUUAAGUAGUAUCAAACAAUAAGUGUAAUAAGUAAUAAUAAGUAAUAAUAACAAAACACACAAGUGUAGUGUUGGUCAGGGGCUCCAGUGUCAGGUCAGUUAUCGGCGCCAAAAUAUUACUAUAUGCUGUAGCAUUUUCUCCAAACAAACUUCAGGUAUUUGCGGGCGAAAAUGUGCGAAAGCAAAUUGCAAUCGGACUGCGCUUGUGUGACCAGCAAAAAAAUCAACUUGGAUGAGCCGCGCUAUGAUCAAGAGUUCUAUUUGGGGCGGGCAAAGCACUUCUUCCAAACCACCAAUCCCCGCAACUUGUUCGUGAGCAGUCGAAAACUCGACGAAGCCAAAUGCUUGAUUCAAUCAUACAAAUGCGGCGAAAAGUUGCCAAGUGGAACCGGUGAAGAGGAUUUGUGGCGCGCCAAAAUCCUUUACGACUCUGCCUUUCAUCCCGACACUGGAGAAAAGAUGGUGUUGCUGGGACGAAUGUCUGCUAAAGUUCCAAUGCAUAUACUCAUAACAGGCGGAAUGAUCACAUUCUACAAAACAGCGCCAGCAGUGGUUUUCUGGCAAUGGCUCAACCAGUCCUUCAACGCCCUGGUCAAUUACACUAACAGAAGUGGCGACAUCGUCCAAACAGACAAACAGAUUCUUACCUCUUACGCAUUUGCCACCUCAGGAGCGGUGGGCACAGCACUAGGGCUGAACGCUUUAGUUAAAAAUUGCGAGAAGCCAAUGAAUGAUUUUUGUGCUGCAGAAGAUGCCGCCCUUGGUGGGACGUCUGGUGCCUUUUGCAGCAGUGGCAGCCGCCAAUUGUAUCAAUAUUCCCAUGAUGCGAGCUCAGGAGCUAAAACACGGCACCCCAGUCUUUGAUGCAAAUGGCAAUAAAUUGGGCUAUUCUACAGUGGCGGCGCAGUACGGCAUUGGGCAGGUCAUCCUGAGCAGGAUCGCCAUGGC